CGUGUGUGUCAGUGCUAAUAUAAAAAAUGUCAACAGAUGGCGGUCUGAGCUCAGCUGCAUCAGUGCGCAUCCCUCGCCGCCUCGAGCCUGUUUCUCGGUUAACCAGUGGUCAGCUACCCUUUUAUGAACAUCCGGCAUGGAAAUAAGACUGCUUUGGAGUCACCGGAAGGAGUGUUCAUCCUCUUUUGGCUCUUUUGCACCAACCUACCACGUCUCAGACCAGAUGAAACUGAUGAUCAACUCACCCAUCCAGCUCCUGGUUCCCUCCAUCACCACCAGGGGCUUUCCAUACCGCGCCGUGCCGAGAGCGGCGUGCUUCACCGUCUCUUCUGCCUGCACUUAUCUUAACGGAGACUCCAGACGCGCAGCGCGGUGGCAGACAGGGCGCACAGAGAGUCUGUCCCUCAGAUUUCCAUCACACAGGGGAUCCUAUACCUUUCAUUCCGGGAGAAAGCGGCAAGUUAAACACUCGUCAUCGCCUCCCUCUGCAACUUGUCACGGCAAAGGCAUUUGUUCCCGACACUGGAUAACAAAGAAUUUGGAGAGGAGCCACGAAGCUAGAGAGAGACUAAUGUUGAAUGGCAUAGUAAAGUCAACCUGAAGUACCUGAGAGCCAUCAUUUGUGUGGAGUGGCAGCAAGGUCAUCUGACUAAGGGAUGGUUUGUCCUUUUCCUGCCUUUGAAUCCCUGAUGGAGUUGUCAUGAUGGCCAAAGAAAAACGGUGGGACCUUUGAAGAAUGAACUUUCCAAACCACUGGAUUGUUCUGGUUGGAAAAGCCGUUGCAGAUCAAACAAAUUCACCAACAGUAAAAUCAGUUGGCCUUUUCUCAGUUCAAGGAUUCUGCUUCAGGAGCCAAAACCAGUCACAACUUUUUUAAGGAGCUGGACUACAGAACAGUUUUCUUUGCAAAAACAGUUCAUAGAAUAACUUUUUGUAUUAAACCACCUAAAACGCACACCAACCUGUUGAAGUGACAUGGCCAGAUGUGAAAUCAGAAGCACUGAAAGCAAACGACAUAGAGAGAAAUGGAUGGAAACCAUCAUCACUCUUCAGAGGCGUGUUCCUCAAUGCCACUGUAUCCCUGUUUCCACCUGGUUCCCUCACUGAUCAGAGAAAUCUGUUGUGUUUCGUUCAAAAAUUCAGCUUGAAAAACACUUGACUGAGUCUUUAUUUUUGUCACGCUAGGACAUACUUUGAAAAAAUAUCAGAAACUCUAUAAGGUGGGACAGAUACUAUAAGAGAAUCAGAAUGACCGGCCAUGUUACAAUACAAACAGGUACUCUGCAGGUGGUAGAAAUCCAAUAUGCUCUAUGACCUGCCUUGUAUUCAGCAGAUAACUUCAGAUUGAUUCGCGAUCCCAUGGAUUAACUUUCAGGUUCUCACACCAAGACCUUUUAAGUUUGCCCUGGUGGAGUUUUAUUCGGUGUAAAGCUACGAUUGAAAAACUCUUCCUGUCUGCAUGUAUCUUUUAUAUUACAUGUAGACCCAGGUUGGAUAUCUUCUUCUUUUUUUUUUUGUUUUCUUCAUUUUUAAAUCGUAAUGGCUCCUUAUUGGACAACAGGAGCUUGUACACUUUUGGCAGCAUUAGGUCUUCUUAGCUGCUGUAGUUUCCACUGGUGUGAGGCCUCGAGGACUAGUGGUUCAACCUCAAGAGGGAAUAGACAGGACCAAGGACCCUCGUCACUUGAAAGAGUUAAGAGAGGAUGGGUUUGGAACCAGUUCUUUGUGGUGGAGGAGUACACAGGCACGGAGCCGCUAUAUGUCGGAAAGAUCCAUACAGACUCGGACGAAGGUGAGGGCAACAUCAAGUACACUAUCUCUGGAGAAGGGGCAGGCACCAUCUUCAUCAUCGAUGAGCUAACAGGAGACAUCCAUGCUACAGAGAGACUAGACCGUGAAGAGAAGGCUUUUUACACGCUUAGGGCUCAGGCUCGGGACCGGCUCUCCAAUGACCCUCUUGAACCAGAGUCAGAGUUUGUCAUCAAGGUCCAGGACAUAAACGACAGUGAGCCCAAGUUCUUGGAGGGCCCCUAUAUCGGCAGCGUGGCAGAGCUGUCACCCAUAGGAACGUCCGUUAUGAAGGUUACUGCAUCAGAUGCUGACGACCCUACAUACGGCAGCAGUGCCAGAGUGGUGUACAGCGUUCUGGAUGGAGAAAAAUUUUUCAAAGUUGAUAGACACACAGGGAUCAUCAUGACAGCAGUGGCGGAUUUGGACCGUGAAACACAGGAUCGUUAUGAGCUGGUCGUCAAGGCAACAGACAUGGCAGGACAAAUGGGCGGUCUCUCCGGCUCCACCACGGUGACCAUAGUGAUCACAGAUGUUAAUGACAACCCACCGCGCUUCCCACAGAAGAUGUAUCAGUUUUCCGUGUCAGAGGGGGCGGCUAUGGGGACACCAGUUGGACGUGUCAUUGCAACGGAUGCAGACAUGGGAGAGAACACAGACAUGAGCUAUCUGAUCAAAGAGGGAGGGGAGCUCUUCAAGGUCAAUACCGAUGUGGAGACACAGGAGGCUAUUGUCUCCAUCAAGAAGCCUCUGGACUUUGAGAGCAAGCGCACACACAACGUUGUGGUGGAGGCUAUAAAUAAGCACGUGGACCCUCGCUUCGUGGACCUGGGCUCCUUUCGGGACCAGACCAUUGUCCGGGUCAGCGUGUCGGACAUAGAUGAGCCACCCAUCUUUCAACCAGCAGAGGGCGCUGUCAUGGAAGUGCAGGAGGAUGCCAAAGUAGGAGCGCUGGUUGGCAUCGUUACUGCUAGAGAUCCAGAUGUGAAGAAUAAACCUGUCAGGUUCUCCAUCGAUCGGACCACAGACCAGGAGAUGAUCUUCCAUAUUGAUCCAAAUUCGGGAGCAAUCACACUGGGCAAGAUAUUGGACCGAGAGACCGCAGGCUGGCACAAUAUCACUGUGAAGGCUGUAGAAGCAGAUAACCAUACCAUGGCGUCCCACUCGGCUGUGAGUAUUCGGAUUCUGGAUGUAAAUGACAACCCUCCUGAACUGGCCACACCGUACGAAGCCUCCAUAUGUGAAGAUGCCAAACCAGGCCAGCUGAUUCACACCAUCAGUGUGGUGGAUAGGGACGAGCCGCAAUCUGGUCAUCGCUUCUACUUCACCCUGGCCCCUGAGGACUCCAGCAAUCGACACUUCACCCUGUGGGAUGUCAAAGACAACACAGCUGGCAUCCGGACCCAGCGGUCAGGAUUCAACCGCCAUGAGCAGAAUGUGUACUUCCUGCCUAUCCUGGUGGUUGACAGCGGGCCUCCCUCUCUCAGCUCCACAGGCACCCUGACCAUUCAUGUCUGCGGCUGCGACACAGAUGGAGCCAUCCAGUCUUGCAAUGCCACAGCCUAUGUAAUGAGUGCUGCUCUCAGCCCUGGGGCACUUAUAGCACUACUCGUCUGCAUGCUCAUCCUUAUAGUCCUUGUCUUACUGAUCCUGACCCUGAAACGCCACCGGAAGGGCCAGAGGAUGGCAGAGGACGAGGAGGACAUGAGGGAUAACGUCAUCAAGUACAAUGACGAGGGCGGAGGGGAGCAGGACACUCAGGCAUACGACAUGAGCGCCCUGAGGAACCUGUAUGACUUCCCGGAGGCCAAGAGCUGUGACUCUGGCCCGGACAUCCGCUCACUGCCACAGUGGAUACAGGCAAAUCGAGUGGGUGGGGGCGCAGAGGGAGCUGCUGCAGCGGCGGCAGACUUCUCCUUAUUCAAAGGCUACAUCCGAAAGAAGGUGGAGCAGGCUGACGCUGACCUCUCAGUCCCGCCGUACGACUCCUUCCAGACGUACGCCUUUGAGGGCACCAGUUCACCGGCGCUCUCGCUCAGCUCCAUCCACACGCUGUCUACCACCUCGGAGCAGGAUUUCUCCUACCUCAGCGACUGGGGACCACGUUUCAGGCAACUGGCGGGUUACUACGCUCCAGGAAACCCUGAGGAGGAAGGGUCCUAGCACAGCUUCUCCUCUGCAGAGAGACAUUUAAACUCCCUCUUCUUCUUCUUCUUCCUCCUCCUCCUUUUCUGCCUCCUCUUCUCACCCUCUGGCACUCUGAGAUCACUGAGAUCAUCAGAGCCAGCACUGUGUACUCCUUAAAACAGAGCACUGCCUCUUUAUCUCUUUGAAAGAAAGUUACCAGUGUCAAAGUUUGAACUCUUUUUUGUACACUCUUCUGAUUGGUUUUCAGACUUCGACAUGAAAGCUCUGGCAAUGAUAUGAGAGAGAGGAAUGAAAGCCUAAAUUGCCAUUUAGGCAGUUGUGAAGUGGUUAAAAUCCUUAUUUUAAGCCACAAGACGAGAGUUCAGAGAAGCAAGAUUAGAUAUUAUAGGGUUAAACCAUGCCAAGGUAAACUGUCUGACAAACAUGUAUUUAUUUAAGGAGGAAAUAUUUAUGUAUGUAUUUAUUUGUUUUUAUGUAUUUAUUUAUUUAUUUACGACAUUAUGAUCAUGGUAACUGCAACAAUGAACUCUGCUGAAGUGCUAAGGGAAAAGGGAAGAGAGGAGGACAUUUUAGAAAGGAAUGAGAGACGACAUUGAAGAAAGAAAGGACUGCAGGGGCAGAGGACUCGUCACAAUGCUGGUGACGUCUGGGUCAUGAAAAAAAAAAUUACAUUCUGGAAAAUAUUUGUAUUUAUUUUCUAUGACCACUUUUGUAAAAUAACCAACUUAAGACAGAUAGAUAAAAAGCAAAAGUCAAAUAAAAAGAAGGAAUAGAUGGAGAGAAAGAACUGCAGAAGAGCUGCCAGGUCUCUCUGAACGGUUGAGACGGACAUACUUUUGCUGUAUUUUAGCGAUUUAUAAAAAAAAAAAAAUGGGGGUUUCGGAGGUCACAAACCGAGGACAAUUGUGUGUUAACAAUUUCUUUUCUUAUCCUCUCCACAGCCAAUUGUAAGGCAAUAAGGCACAAACCGCAACAGUGAUUUACGACUAAACAAAAUGACUGUUUCGUGGAAUUGGGUGGUGGCCAGCUUUGUCCCGCGGGGGGUGGUGGGGGGGUUCACUCCA